UCGCGCUUCACCCGCCCGAUCGCGCCGCGUCUCACCGCCGUUGCUUGGCAACUGACGAUAAUUGCCGCGCUCGGGGAAUCGGUGGCGCCAUCUGACGUGUACAUAAAUAACGCUCGACGUGAUAAAACAGUGCGCGCUCGUCACGUAGUUUGGAGUAAUCGUUUGAAGUAAGACUCCGAGGAAAGCGCGCUUGACUCCUCCUUUCCCAAUCUUCUGUUAAAAUCGGCUAGAUUUCUUUCCAUCUCGUUAAAUUCUAACCUAUCAUCAGCCGGGAAUGUAUCUUCGCACAAACAUGGCGGAUUCAAACGUUUCUAUGACUACGGUUAGCAAAACAUUGCCGAUAUAAUACCUGAUCUAUUAAAGUCGAUUUCUCGGGAAAAAUGGAUCCUGAAAAGACCGUUUCGAGUAAGGUUGCAGAUCGACCGGUUACCCGUUGGCGGCGAGAGGAUGCACCUAGCACCUCGACCAAGAUCGACAGGCCGCCGACCGGUAUUGUGAGACCGCAGAGCAAGUACGAUCGGCCGAGAUCUCGACGAGGGCACGAGUCGUCGGAAUACAGCUUUCGCUCAGCGACGCCCAGACGUUUCGCCCUGACGAGGCCGCCGUCGGCGUCUUUUCUGUCUAAUCGCGUGCCAACCGCGAGCUCAAGGGUCGUCAGGAUGGAUUCCGCAUUGGCUCGCACGGGCUCGCUCGCUGCGACCAAGCAGUUCAACGUCAACGUAUUAGAUCGGCCGAUAACACAGCAUGGCAUCGCGGGCGUGCGACCGGGAACCACGAGGGGCUUACCGAUGACUAGGCAGAUUCAGGACAAGAGGUACUACGAAGGGUUGCUGCAGCUGAAGAUAAGGGAGCUGACGCAGGAAAUCGGGAGCAUAAUGAAGGACAUCGACAUGCAGAAUAAAGAAAAGGCCACUUUUCUGCACUACGACAAGAGAGCUAAGAGCCUGGCUGCCGAGUUGACCGUUCUGCAAGCGGAGUUGGCCGAUUACAAUCUCAUCGUGGACAAGAUGACUUUGGAUGUCGACAAGGAAACGAUAGAAGAGGAAGCCAAGGAGUUAGAGCUGAUGAACGAGCGUAGGACAGUGGAGGUCGAACGGUUGUUCGAGCAGCGCAAGCAAAAGGAACAGAGACUGCGCAAGAUGGAGAAAGAUAUCGAGAACGAGAAGAAGCGAACCGAACGCCUGAUCGAGAGCAUGGACCCGCAUACGAAGGAGAAGUACGACGAUCUAUCCGGACAAAGAGCUGAGCUGCAGGAGCAAGCGCAUCAGAUGCAACGUGAGCUGGAUCAACUGUCGAAGGAGCAGGCUCAUUUGGAGGAGCAGAUUGCAUUGUCGCAGGUGAAACAGGAAGCGGUGAAGCUCCAGGUCAGGAUCAUCGAGGCGGAGGAGAAGCGAGACCGGCUGCGGGACGAAGAACGCAGGCGAUUGUCACCGGAAGAGGAGAAGGAGCAACUGCUGCAGAGAAUAAAGCGCGACAACACGGAUGUCGCCGCGACGGAGGCGCAGAUACUAGAGAAGGAGAGGAAGGUGAGCGAAUUGGAACUGGAGCUGGAGCAAUUGGAGACAGACAUGGAGGACAAUCAGUCUGAGAAGCAAACGAGGUACAAGGAGCUGCGUAAACGGGAGGAGACGAUUGAGCAGUUCAUGUCAACGUAUGAGCGGAACAAGCAGGAGGAGAGCGACAAGCUGAAGAAACUCGAGCGAGACGUCGUCGACAAGCUAGCGGCGGUGGCGAACGGAGUGGUCAACAACGAGUACCUGACGGAGGCCGAGGAAAUGGCCGUGCUGCGCGACAAAUUCCCGUACAACGAUUAUGAGGCUACGCAUCGCGAAGACGACUUCAACACCCUGAAGAGAGACUAUGCGACUAUGCAACAAACGUUCAGUAAGAUGAGGAUUCUAGAGGAGAAGCUGCAUCUCGAGUCCAAGCGAAUGAAGGAGAGGCUGAAGAAACAGCAGAGCGAGCUGGUCGUUCUCGAGGAUCUGGACGGUCUGAAAACGCGAAACGAACAUAAGCGGGACGAGCUGAUCGCCGAACGGGAAGGGCUGGUGUCCGAGGAAACGAUACGCGAGGACGAGCUGAAGUCUCUGCGAACCGCACACGACGAGAUCAAAGCGAAGCUGGAGGAAUACGAAGCUUAUCCGGAGAUCGGUAGCCUGGAGGAUAAGCUGACGAAAUUGAAAGCGGACAACAAGGAGAUCGAGGAAUUCAUGGCUAAAGAGAAGGAACGCGUGAAUUAUGAGCCGCUUAAAGAGAAAGCCUUGAAAUUGAUCAACGAUUACGGGCUGGUGCUUCAGGAGAAUCUGAAAUCUCUUUAUUGAACCUUGCCUUCUCUCCU